UCUGAUUUCAGCGUAACUAACCUCCAUUCUCCCUCUUCCAUUCUCCAUUUUGGAUCAGCGUCCCUUUCUCUUCAACAUUUUGUGGCUCUCUUCUGCUAAAAUGAAAAACAAUUUAUUAUUAUAUUGUUAAAUAUAUAUUUAAAUAUUAUAGGCUUCGUGUUGUAUCUAUUUAGCUUUGGCAAACUCGGAAACCCUAGUAGAUCAGAUCUCAUCUUUCUUCCAUGAUCAUGGCGCUAAGAAAAUCUCGCGGCCGUGAAAUGCUGUUCGACUCCGUCAUCGCGCUCGUCUUCGUCCUCGUCGCUUGCGUUGACCUCUGCGACGGCGCCACCGUCGUCGACGUCUACCGCCUCAUCCAGUACGACAUGUCAGGUGUUCCAUUCGGAUCUCGACUUGCCAGCCUCAACCACCAUGCCGCUUCUCUUCACUUCUCACCGCACGCCGAUCUCUCUCGCACUGUCCUUCUCAUACCUCUUCGCGAACUCAACAUGUCCUUUGUCAAAGAAUAUAUUGCUGAAGGCAAGCCUCUGGGGGGUUUAAUAUUUUUGCUGCCCCAGAUGUUCAGUUUUGAAAACAAAGGUGGUACGGGAAGUAAUCAGCAAGAUGGGAGUAAUGAGCUGCUGAAGAAUGUAUUGGCUGAACUAGAACAAAUACUUAUACACACCAACUUACCUUAUCCUGUUUAUUUUGCUUUUGAGAAUGACAACAUUGAUGCCGUGUUAACUGAUAUCAAGAAGAGUGAUGCCACUGGUCAGCCUGCUACUGCAACUACUGGCGGAUACAAAUUUGUAGUUUCAGCCCCAGAACCAAAGAAAGUUUCAUCUCCACCUAUUACAAAUAUUCAGGGAUGGUUGGCAGGACUGAAGACAGAUGAUGAUUCUCGUCAAUUACCCACCAUUGCGAUAGUGGCAUCAUAUGACACCUUUGGGGCUGCUCCUGCAUUAUCAGUGGGAAGCGAUAGUAAUGGAAGCGGCAUUGUGGCUCUUCUUGAAGUAGCUAGGUUAUUUUCUCUUUUAUAUUCUAAUCCAAAGACAAGAGGACAAUACAAUCUUCUGUUUGGGCUAACGUCUGGUGGGCCUUACAACUACAAUGGAACCCGUAAGUGGCUUCGGAGCUUUGAUCAACGUCUGCGUGAGAGCAUUGACUAUGCUAUUUGCUUAGAUAGUAUUGGCUCCUGGGAAAAUGAAUUGUGGAUUCAUGUUUCUAAGCCUCCAGAAAAUGCAUAUAUUAAGCAAAUUAUGGAAGAUUUUUCAAGUGUUGCAGAAGAGCUAGGCUUUAAAGUGAAUCUGAAACAUAAGAAAAUAAACAUUUCCAAUCCUCGAGUAGCUUGGGAGCAUGAACAGUUUUCAAGGCUGAGAGUUACUGCUGCCACCCUCUCUGAACUCUCUACUGCACCUGAAUUGCUAGAAAGCACUGGUGGUCUGGUUGACAGCAGGCAUUUUGUUGAUGAAGCGGCGAUUGUAAAAAGUGUGAAAUUAAUUGCUGAGAGUCUUGCGAGGCAUAUUUAUGGACAUCAAGGGAAAAACAUCCAGAUCUUUGCGGACAACAGUAACUUGGCUGUAAAUCCUUCUUAUGUUCGAUCAUGGUUAGAUGUUUUGUCCCAAACACCUCGAGUGGCACCAUUUUUCUCAAAAGAUGAUCCUUUUGUCAUGGCACUGAAAAAGGAAUUAGAAGAUCAUACUGAUGAGGUCAAUCUGCAACGAGAAGUGCUAGAUGGGAUUUUCACUUUCUAUGAUUCAACUAGAGCAAAGUUGAACAUAUAUCAGGUUGCCAGUGUCACAUUUGACUUGCUGUUGCUUCUAGUAUUGGGAUCAUAUUUGAUUGUGCUCUUCAGUUUCUUGGUCAUCACAACUAGGGGUCUUGAUGAUUUAAUCAGUUUAUUUCGGCGGCCUCCCUCUCGAAAAGUGAAAACUGCAUAGUGACCAGGCAGAAUUUUGCUCCGAGGUUUUGCCUACAUAGUUCUGAAGUUUUAAUUAAAUAGUAUUUUAGGAUUAUAGUUUCUAAUGAAAAGCCCCGUAGAGAUUUUCGUUCGUCAUUUGUUAAAGUUGGUUGGUUUAGUGGUUAAAAACUGCAAGAUGUUUAUUUUUCGCUGUGCUAUGUUGAGGACGCCAAAAUUUUGAUAUUUUUAUUCUUCGUCCUUCUUAUUUGGUGCAUUUUUGCAGAGGAAAGAAUGGUUAUUAAUGGAUGUGCUGUGAACCCACGGCUCACCGCAAGUUAUAGCUAGUGGUUAUCCACGUUACUUGCAUUUGAACCAAGAAAAGAUUGAUUUGGUAAAUUUAUCAAAUAUAAAUUUGCUGCUUAGUUAUUUAUAUUGACUUUGCACAAUAUUGCAACUGAGUAGAGCUUAUUUACAAGUAAGUUUGUUUCUUCGUCCGCGCA